AUGUCGGGUUCAACUUCGCCAGCGCGAAUCGGCCGCAAACUUUCCACCACGAAAAUUGCCAGGCAGUUAGCAGGACUCGGUCUCCGAUCUGAUGACAUAAUGGAUCAAGGUGAGACGGCUCGUCACGAGGGUCGAUUUGUGUUCGAGUGUAGCUGGGAGGUGGCAAACAAAGGUAUUUACUUUUAG